ACUAGCUCCUAACUAACCGUCCCCACCGUCCAGCGAAGGCAUACAACGGCCGGUGGCUGGUCCUGCACACACUUCCAAGUGUCACCAGCGAAACCCGCAAAAAAAGAAAGAAAAUAAAAUUCCAGAUGAACCAUCAAAUAGCCUCGUAAGCCUUAACAAUGCGCAAAAAUCUACUAGUACGUACCUACCUUACCCAGUCAAAUGACACACGAGUAAGAAAAAAGGGAAACCAUCCUUGUAGUCUUCUCCACACUACAGACCAAUAUAUAGUACAGAAAUCCCAGAUUCCCAAGUAGAAACGUGUCCUUAAUUGCAUGAGCGUCGAGGAACAAUCCCCGUUUAUUAAGGAUAAUGCUGUAAUCCUGCUAGUUUCGUGAAUUCUGUUUGUUUUGUUUCUCUCAGUCUUUUUGAUUCCUUUGAUGAAACCCUGCCUCAUUUUAUGGAUGUUCAAAGCACUAGAUUUUGGUAAGUGCUUCUGCAAUCUGUUUUGUUCCCUAGAGGCUAGAUAGGUCCUCGCUUGGUCUCUUUGCUUGCGUAUAAAAGUUCGUUUGAAGGGAAGUUAUGGCCUCGCGGUUUUGCUAAAUGGGCGGGGGAGCCUUUGACGUUGAAAGGAAUCACUCUAGUCACUGAAGUUCCGAUUGGAAAGAUCGAUUGAUCAUACACGAAAUAGCCCAAGAGAGAGUUUCUGAUUCGAUUGUAAUAUUUGGAUACAAAUUCAAGAAAUGAAUAGUGGGUUUUAUUCUGCUCGGAAGCAUGGUUCUUUUCUGGAUUAUUUGGAGGAAGACCAAGAGCUGAAACCGGCGACAUCGCUUCCGGCUAUCCCUCAACCACAAACCCCAAAAGAGCCUAUGGAGUUCUUAUCGAGAUCUUGGAGUCUUUCUGCUUCAGAAAUUUCAAAAGCUCUGGCUCAGAAAGAGAGACAAGUUUUCACUGACAAGCAACCCAAUAUGUGCCCAGCCGAUGCAGUUGCGCCGCAGUUAACAAGGAAGAUAAUCAAUUCGAUAAAUUCAAGAAAGACAGGAUCAAUAGGAAAGUGGUUCCACCACAAGGAGCUUAGCAGCAGCACAGUGAAGAAGAAAGAUAAGGCACGCAUGGAAAAUGCGCACAUGCAUUCUGCUAUAUCGAUUGCAGGACUAGCUGCAGCCUUGGCGGCUGUGGCAGCCGCAGGAAACUCUAAUGACUCUGUAUCAAAAAUGAGUAUGGCUUUGGCCUCAGCUACAGAGCUCCUUGCUUCACAUUGCAUAGAAUUAGCAGAAUCAGCCGGAGCUGAUCACGACCGUGUCGCUUCUGUUGUGAGAUCAGCAGUGGACAUUCAGAGUCCAGGAGAUCUAAUGACCCUUACUGCAGCAGCUGCAACAGCUUUGAGGGGAGAAGCAGCCCUAAAAGCAAGAUUACCGAAAGAAACAAGGAAAAAUGCAGCCAUAAGCCCUUAUGAUAGGGGAAUGGCAGAAAUAGAAGAACCGGUUCCCUGCGUCGGAGAAGUACUGCAACGCACGAGAAAAGGAGUGUUGCGAUGGAAACACAUUUCAGUCUACAUCAAGAAAUCACAGGUCAUAAUUAAGAUCAAAAGCAAACACGUUGGAGGGGCCUUCUCCAAGAAGCACAAAUGCGUCGUUUAUGGGGUCUGCGACGAGACUACAGCAUGGCCAUAUAGAAAAGAAAAGGAAAGUUCAGAAGAAGUAUAUUUUGGCCUGAAAACUGCACAGGGUCUUCUAGAGUUCAAGUGCAAGAGCAAGAUCCACAAGCAAAGAUGGGUUGAUGGGACUCAAAAUCUUCUUCAUCAAGUGAACAGUGUUGAAGCAAGUGAACGCUCUCUGGAAUUUCUAAGCCUAAGCGAUAGCGCAUAGCUGUGGAAGGAUCAUUUUUGUCUGUGUCCUACUUCCAGGACCAAGAUUAAGGACACAUGAAUGUUUUACUAAGGAUCUAUAAUCUGUCAACAUAGUAUACAUGUGACGAUUUCCUUCCCCUUUAUGCAUAUAAUAUAAGGAAUUAAACCCAAUAUUUGAUCUUAUGCUUUCCCACUGGAAUAUGGUAACACGUGUUUUCUUUCGACGGUUUUACAUGUAUAUAUAUAUAUACACGCACACAAAUAAUAAUUUUAUUAAAAACACUAAAAUUCAUAAAUAUAUUAUUUAUUUAUUUUUGGGAGGGCCACAGCCCCCAACCCACAACCUAGGUUCCCCUCUAAAAAUAAGUUUUUAAUAAUGAUUACAAAUAAAUAAAAUUAUUUUGUUAAACACUAAUAAAAAUUUAUGAAGUUUUUAUAUUGAUAAAUUGGUAAAACACCUAAAUAAAAUUUUAUAAAAGAUGUAUACUAAAAUAAACUCUACCAAAAAAGAAACAAAGGUGAUGAGGAACUCAAACAUUCUCAUAAUUUAAGUGAAAUUCAUAUAAUCAUAAUUUAUAAAAUAGAUUUCUUAGGAAAAAAUAGCAAUAAUUUAUCGUAAUUGAGUGUCAUGGUUAUGUAAAUAGAAAAUUUUCAUUAAUUAAUUUCCACAUGGCAAGUUAUAAGUGGUGAACGGAACUCACUGGACCAAUCGCACUGUAGAAAAAUCUACGAUCCAGAUCCUCAGUUUUCACAGUUGAGUAGAAAACCGCCAUUAAAGUGCGAGCUACGGAUCUUUCAGUCCUUCGUUUACAAUUGGUACAAUUAUUGCGAUUGCCUUCUCUCUCUAUCGAUCGCUCCAAACUGCACCAGCCAAAAAAAGGAAACAUAAAAGAAAAAUGCCGUACAGGAAAAUCAUCGAGGUGGAGCCGCCGAGUCCGUUAAGAUACAUUCUCGGUGCAGCGAUAAUGAUGAUUGGAGUUGUCUUACCCGUCGGUUACAUGAUGUUUCGUACCAAGCGUGUCCCUUCUUCUUCCUCUUACUCUAAACAGACGUAGGAACAAGUUUUGAUAUAGAGGAUUGAGCAAGAGACUCUUGGAUACAACUCCUGGCAAAUUGAGUUAGAAGGAAAUGCAAAAACAAGGUGGUCUUGACUCAUGUGAAAGUACAAUGUAAAUGCGCUGAAACUACAAUUUUGUUAUAUUUGAUGUUGGAUUUGUAUCGAGUUUAUGAACAUGUGAUUUGACUUAGAACUCAAAUUUUGUUAUACUUAUAUUUGGGAAUUCCAAUUCAAGUUUAUAAAGUGAGAUGUGUGGUUUGAUUCGGUAA